AUGAGUAAUAGCGGUGGGUCUUCUCCUUUUUUAGAGAGCCCUGGUGGUUCACGUGAUAUGGGCAGUAAUAGUGAACAAAGUAACCGUCAGGUUCAGGCGCUGCAAUUUAAACUCAAUACUAUACAAAAUGAAUAUGAGAUCGAUAGACUGCAGUUACAGAAACAGACUAAUAUUCUGGAGAAGAAAUAUAAGGCCACAAUUGGUGAAUUGGAGAAAUCAUUGAAUGAUACGAAGUAUCUUUAUGAGAACAAUGCUAAAUUGGAACAAGAAUUGCAGAGCUUGAAAGAAACUUCAACCAAAUCCACAACUGAUAAAGACAAGUUUAUACAGGAAUUGCAAAUAACUUUGCAAAACAACGAUUUAGAAAUGGAUGCUUUAAAGCAGCAAUAUGAUUCUAAAUUAUCAAAACUUACCAACCAAUGUAAUCAUUUCAAGCUGGAAGCGGACAGUUCACGUUCUCUUCUGUUAAAAUAUGAAAAUGAAGUAAAAAGGCAAAGUGUGGAUAUCAAAGACCUACAGCAUCAAGUCAUGGAAAAGGAUGAUGACUUGUCUUCGUUAAAAGCUUCAAAAAUGAUGAACUCCCACCCAAACUAUUCUACGGAAGAGUUCAAUGAGCUCACCGAGAUGAAUAAAAUGAUUCAUGACCAAGUACAAUAUACUAAAGAACUGGAACUGGCGAACAUGCAACAGGCCAAUGAAUUGAAAAAAUUGAAACAAUCACAAGAUUCCUCUACUUUUUGGAAACUAGAAAAUGAAAAAUUACAGAACAAACUAAAACAAUUGCACACGUUGGAAAACCAAUAUGAAAAUCUUCAAUUAGAAAAUAUUGAUUUAAAAUCGAAGUUAACUAAUUGGGAAAUUUAUAAUGAUGAUGAUGAUGAUGAUAACGGUAAUCAUAAUAAUAAUAAUAAUAAUAAUAACGAUGGUUACAAUAAUAAUGAUGGUAACAAGAAUAGUGAUUGUACUAAUAAGGCUAAAAACAACCUGCAAAGUGGCCCCGAAGAGAUCAUCCGCGAUUGGAAGUUAACUAAAAAAGAGUGUCUAGUCUUAACAGAUAAAAAUGAUAAAUUGAGAUUAGAUAAUAACAAUUUGAAACUUCUUAAUGAUGAAAUGGCUUUGGAGAGAAAUCAAAUACUAGACUUGAAUAAGAGUUACGAAAACAGCAUAGUAAAUUUGAAGAGAUUGAACCACGAGCUAGAGCAGCAGAAAAGCUUAUCUUUCGAAGAAUGCCGGUUACUGCGAGAACAACUGGAUGAUUUAUAUUCUGCACAAAGUAUCACUUCAUCAGAGACGAUCAGUAAUGAAAAAAAUGCCUUAAAGGCAAAUGUAAGUGAAAGCGUGAACAAUUUGCUCAAUACUUAUAAGAAUAAAACAGAAGACUUAACAAGUGAAUUGAAAAAGUUAAACGACCAAUUAUUGUCAAAUUCCAAUGAUGUGGAAACUCAAAGAAAAAAGAGGAAGUUGACAAGUGACCAAAUUGGUUUAAAUUAUUCACAGAGGCUCAACGAAUUGCAACUUGAAAAUGUAAAAAUCUCUAGAGAGUUGAGCAAAGCACAAGGUACCAUUCAGUUACUGCAAGAAAAAUUAGAAAAACUGACUAAAUUUAAGGAGAAAAGAGUUCGCAUAUUGCAACUGCGUGAUGGACCUUUUAUUAAGGAUCAAUUCAUCAAGAAGAGUAAAUUGCGUCUUUUAGAGAAGGAAAACUCUGAUUUAUUGAAUGAAUUGAAACAGAACAAUCCCAAUAGUGAAACUAUACCUAUUUCUGUUUAUGACUCAUUAAACUUCGAAUUACAACAAUUCGAACAAGAGGUUUUUAGAUCAAAUAAGAGAUUUUUCAGGCUGAAGCAGGUUUUCAAUAGAAAAUCAUUGGAGUUUAUCGACGUCGUAAAUUCAUUAUUAGGUUUUAAAUUGGAAUUCCAGCAAGAUGGUCGUGUAAAAAUUUUUUCUUGUUUCAAACCUGAAAAAUAUCUGAUUGCUGACCUAAACGAAAAUACUCUUAAAUCUAACCUUGAUGCCAACAUAGAUAAUUGGGAUGAUCUUAUGAAUUUAUGGGUAGAAGACAGAGGUCAACUUCCAUGCUUCUUAGCAACAAUAACGUUACGUCUUUGGGAACAACAACAAGCAAAAUAA